GCCAAAUAUCGUGGCUCAACCGGGUGCAGAUGUCUCAUCACUUUUGCACAUGACAGGCGGGACUAAUGGCAAAAGCCUUGGAAGCUGGAGGUGUUGAGAUAUCACGUGAGCCACCGGGUCAGCCGAAAGUCGCCACGGCCGCCGCCUGCCUGCCUGCCUGCCUGGACGGUGAUUUCCCCUUCGCCCAUCCCAUCGUCGCAAUUCCGGAGGUGAGAAAGAAAACGAAGCGGACCCGAACGGCAGCGCGAGCAGCACUUGGACUACAGUACAGCACAGUACAGUACAGCAAGCAGCGAGCGCACAACUCCACCCGUCCUGUCUCUCUCUCUCUCCCUCCCGCUGUUGCGCGCAAACGUGUGACUCCCGCCUUGACUGUUCCCUGCUGCUGCCGACUACACGUCGUCCGACCACCACCACCACGCGUGAAAAUCACUCUCCAACGCCAACGACGCCAACGCCCCAUCCCAUCCCAUCCCUUGUAUUGUGCUCCGUCCCCGCGAACGCCGUGUUUUCUACACAGCGCUGCACCAGGUUGGAUUUACGCACGGCACCGGGUAUUUACCACCACCACCACUACCACUACUGACAACUACCACUACCACUCCCGCGUAUCACCACGACCAAGCACUAUCACCACCGCCAACGCCGGCAUUGAGGCAUUCGACCCUAUCGCAGGGCAACCACCAUCGCCCUCUCUUCAUGCCGACGCUCGCGACCACGUCGACCUACGCGCGCGAUAUACGCGUAUGACAAGCAUCUCUGCUUAUCGUCGCCAACAUCAAUAAUAUUCCUGCUGUUCCUCACGGACUGAUCGAAAUCCACGACACGCCAUUCCCGCGCGUCAAACCCUGCGCCAGAGAACAUUAUCCAUUGACAGUAUCUUCCAAUUCCCGCGGACGAAACAGUGAACGCGUUGUACACUUAUCCAUACACAUACAUACCCGACAAAUAAUCAUCAUCAGCGCAUCGCGUUCGCACGCGACUUUGUUCAUCGGGCGCAACCUUUUCUCAGAACUCGACGGGAACUCUUCACGACGACUGACGAACUCGCUCCUCGCGCUCCUCUGUCGUCCCCGGUCUGGUCCU